GUGGGGGCGGGUAAGGGCGGGGAGGCUGGGGUGUGGAAAGUGUGGCGGCCCCGCCCCGUCUCUUGGAACUGCCGCGGCCGCCACCGCCGCCGCCGGCGCCGCAGCUGUAGGGGACCAGCGCGGGUACGCAGACGAAAGGCACUCUUUGCCAGCUGAAAGUUCCCACGGAAAAACUACCAUCUCCCCAGCCCACCAUGGCGGACGAAAUUGAUUUCACUACUGGAGAUGCCGGGGCUUCCAGCACUUACCCUAUGCAGUGUUCGGCCUUGCGCAAAAACGGCUUCGUGGUGCUCAAAGGACGACCAUGCAAAAUAGUGGAAAUGUCAACUUCCAAAACUGGAAAGCAUGGUCAUGCCAAGGUUCACCUUGUUGGAAUUGAUAUUUUCACGGGCAAAAAAUAUGAAGAUAUUUGUCCUUCUACUCACAACAUGGAUGUUCCAAAUAUUAAGAGAAAUGAUUAUCAACUGAUAUGCAUUCAAGAUGGUUACCUUUCCCUGCUGACAGAAACUGGUGAAGUUCGUGAGGAUCUUAAACUGCCAGAAGGUGAACUAGGCAAAGAAAUAGAAGGAAAAUACAAUGCAGGUGAAGAUGUACAGGUGUCUGUCAUGUGUGCAAUGAGUGAAGAAUAUGCUGUAGCCAUAAAACCCUGCAAAUAAAUGGAAACAUCAGGCAUGAACACUGUUUAGGUCUGAAUCAACUGCAGAUCUAAUUUGGUUCUAAGUUGUCACCAAAGCUAUAGCCUUCAUAAGCAACCUCAUUUCUUUUUUUAAUUGUUUUCAGAUUGUGCUUGAGUUAGUUUUGCAAGCAAUCGAUAAUUUUUAAAAAUUAUCAUGUAUAAUUUUUUUUUAACUUUGUAGGUAUGUUUCCUAUAAUAUUCCUGUGGUUUUCAGUAUGUCAGUUCAAGAAACAAACAAGAUAGCUUCGGCAGAUGUUAUGUCUGAGCAAAUCAUUCCUAUGUUUUAGUUAAAUGUUAAACCAGGGUUUUAAAUCAAACAAUGUAGCAUAAAGUGGUAUUGAAGUACCACAUUUAAGUUGAACUACUCUGCAUUAAUUACAGAUUUAAUAUUAAAUGAACAGAUUAUAUACUGGAAUUGUUGCAGUUUCAGCCUGUGUAGGGCAAACACAAAUCCUUAAACAAAAAUCAUGUUAUCAAAAAGUGGCAGUUAUUUUGGCGGCCACAUGCAACCACGUAAUUACUUUGGUCAUACUAUUUAUCAAAUUGUUAGCAAACUUGAUGUAACCUUAAAUGGUGGUUUUAGUCCCUUCUUAUGGUUGGCAGAAGGGCACUGAACUGUUGGGUGAAAGUUAGCAAGUAAGAUUAUAAGGAAGACACAAAAGACAGUGGCAAAGAGGGUUCAUUAAAUCUAUACAUUUUUAUGUGAGGACUUUGUAAGUCAGCAUAAAAAUGAAAAGUUGCUUUUCAGUUGUUUUUGCUUUUAACUUUGUCCCCAACAUAUAAAGGGAGUGAUCUGCUUUACAGGAUACUAUGCAAUGCUUGUUUUCCAACCAUGUUGAAUAAAUACUACUAUUUAUCAGUAAAUACUCCUAUCCAACUUUUUUUUUCUUUUCUUUUUUUUUUUUUUUUUUUUUUUGAAACUGAGUCUUACUCUGUCAGCCAGGCUGUAGUGCAGUGGUGCCAUCUCGGCUCACUGCAACCUCUGCCUCCCGGAUUCCAGCAAUUCUCCUGCUUCAGCCUCCCAAGGAGCUGGGACUACAGGUGUGCACUACCACACCCAGCUAAUUUUUUUUGUAUUUUUUUUAGGAGAGACGGGGUUUCACCAUGUUGUCUAGGCUGGUCUUGAACUCCUGACCUCAGGUGAUCCUUCUGCCUCAGCCUCCCAAAGUGCUGGGAUUACAAGCAUGAGCCACCACACCUGGCCCGUUUCCAACCAUUUUUAAGUAGAUUUUUUGACAUUAAUGUAUUUAUUAAACAAAAACUGAGAAUUCCUUAAAUUGAUUUGGAAUUUUUGUUAAUUUUAUGUCCUUUUUGUUCUAAAGUGAAUUGAAAGUGAAUCAUGGAAGCAACAUUACUUUAUAUGAAUAUUAUUAUUUAACUUAUUUUAAGUAUAUGCAUUUUUUUCUGAUUGUUGUGUGACUUAGUUAGUGGUGUGAAAUAUAAUAAAUAAUUCUAUAAACUGAAUUAUUUUAAAAGGUAUUUUAGGUGACAUCACUGCAUUUCUAUUUAAUCUUUUGAGUCAUAUGUAUAUUUCCAGAAUUUUAGAUACUAUCACAGGGUUUGUGAGGACCUUUGACUCAGUAACAAUCAUCAUAUUGGAGCAAAACAUAGAGCAAAAUCACUAUCUCAGAAAUACCUUAAUUCUCCAAGACUGGCUCUUAGACUUCUCCCAUCAUGCCUUGACCUCUAAAAAGCGCUUUGUUCCUAUCUUCUGAAGGAAAGUAUAUCAUAUAUGAUGAUGUAACUGAUCUAAUCAGUGACUGGUAAUAGCAUUAGUAACAGAAGAUCCCAAAUUUUAGUUGCUUAAUUUGUACAUACUUUUAAAUCUUGUCUUAGCCUCAGCAAACCCAUUUGGGGAAGAAGCAAGAUACUUUAAGAGAAAUGCAAAGAGGAAAUUUCUAAAACACAAGAAAUAGUGAGGUUGUAGUCGUUUUUAGUAUAACAUUUUAGCAUUUGCCCAUCUAAAGCGCAAUUAAAAUUAGGCUACAUUCUUUCCAGUAUUCUAUUUAAGUACCUACUACAUACUGCUCUAGUUUCUUAGUACUCUACAAUGUGUAUCUUAAUUCCUACUGGUUGGCACUGUAAGUCAUAGGAAUUCCAGAAAAUUAUUAAUCUGUGCUGCUUGCAGGUCAUUCCUAUGGCCCCUCUUAACCAUGCUGGUGUUAUGAUUUAGUAUUAACUCUUGAUUAGCAUGCCCCUGUUCUUCCUAACUUGUAAAAUUUCACAUAUAUUUUCAAUUGUGUACAAAUUAAGGGUGUACAAAUUAUAAUAAUGCAUCUCUAUCUUCAUACUUUGAAUGGCAAAAGCUGUUUAUGCAUAAAUAUUUUCAUUUUAAGUAAUAUAUGAAGUAUAAAUACUCUUGAUAUAUAAGUAUAGAUUUUAAAGAUAUGGGACUUUAUUUUCACAUAAGUCAAUAGAUAUCUCUCUAGAACAAAAUGUUUCAUUUAGUAAAGCUUUAUAAAUUAUAUUAAAAGGAAGUAGGGAACAUGUAUUUUUUAACAUAGAACAGAAGUGACUUCAUUCUUUUUAGACAUCAGCAGUGUUAAAGUUGAUUCCUAAUAUUUGUUGUACUUUUUUGUAGCAAAUGUUAAAAAUUAUAAGUUACCAUGUAUAGAAUGUGGACUGUCAUUUUGAUAGAUUGUACAGUGAUAAGCCAUUUUUAUCUGUAUACCUUUCACCAAUUAUUAACAGGUUGAAUAUUUCUUUCUUUGUAGAACAUUUUAUUUAUACUGUGAAGACGUUAUACCUUAUUUGUUACAACAUAGAUCAUAUCAUUGCUACUUUGACUUAGCAUUUGCAUCAUAAACAUAAUUAUGAUGUUUUUUUCAUGCUCCCUUCCAGGGGCUGUCAGUCACUUGAAGAAAUUGUUGCUAACCAAGCUCUUGACUCUGUUUCCCUUAAUGAUACAAGUCUCUGUACCAGCGCUUUCUGUUAAUUACCAAAACUCUCCUGCAGUCAGAGCAUGAUAUCUAUAAUAGGAGACACUGCAAUAAAAUGAUUAGGCUGUAAAA